UUCUGAAAAAUCCAAAAUCCAAAGCUUUAAUUUCUUCUUCAUAUUCCUCUCCAAUGAUGGCUCUUUUCAUUGAGCUUCCCCUCGGGAAGAACCUACCGUACACCACCACCAUUAAUAAAGCUCUCUUACUAGCCCUUACCGUGAUCUUCCUCCUGUUCAUCCCUCUCUACGUGGUAAACAAUUCAUCGUCUUCAUGGCUGUCUCCAGAAGACAAUGCAAUAUUGAGCAUAAAAUAUGGAAAGAAAUGUGACAUAUUCCGCGGAAAAUGGCUUCAAUACCCCAAUUAUGGUCCUUAUUACACCAAUGGUACUUGUCGUGAGAUCUUCGACCAGCAGAAUUGCAUGAAGUUUGGUCGACCAGAUACCGAAUUCUUGAAAUGGAGGUGGAAGCCAGAUGAAUGCGAGCUACCUCUCUUUGAUGCAGUGCAGUUUUUGGAGCUUGUCAAGGGGAAGUCGAUGGCCUUUGUUGGAGACUCUUUGGGAAGAAACCAAAUGCAGUCACUGUUGUGCCUCUUGGCUACCGUGGGCUAUCCUAUAGAUGUUUCUUACACAAAAGAUCCAAGGUUCAAACGCUGGCUUUAUGUCGGCUACAACUUCACACUGGCAUCCUUCUGGUCACCGCACUUGGUGAAUGCCGUAGACACAGACCCCAAUGGACCAACCUACAACCGCCUGAUGAACCUUUAUUUAGACGAGUCUAACCAUGACUGGGCAGCUCAAAUUGAGGCAUUCAACUAUGUGAUCAUCUCGGCCGGACGAUGGUUCUUUGGACCACAAAUGUUCUACGAAAACGGUCAGCUUGUUGGGUGUCAUAGAUGCCUGAAGAACAACAUUAAAAACCUAACUAUGUUCUAUGGUUACAGAAAGGCCUUUAGGACUGCCUUCAGAACCCUAACAAGACUAAAAAAUUUCAAGGGGGUGACUAUUCUAAGGACACUGUCGCCGGCACAUUUUGAGAAUGGGGACUGGAAUAAAGGAGGGAGUUGUGCAAGAACAAGGCCUGUGAAGAGUUCAGAAAUGAAAUUGGAUGGGGCUGAUUUGGAGCUGUACAUGACACAGGUGGAGGAGCUGAGGGCAGCAGAGAGGAAAGGGAUGAAGAGGGGUUUAAAGUUUAGAAUUUUAGAUGUAACUGAAUCUAUGGUAGUGAGGCCAGAUGGACACCCAAACCAUUAUGGGCAUGGGGCACAUGAAAAUGUGACUAUUGCUGAUUGUGUCCAUUGGUGCUUGCCUGGCCCUGUUGACACUUGGAAUGAGUUCUUGCUUCAGAUGUUAAAGAUGGAAAAUGAUGAGGAUUCUAAGGAAAGAAAUUAAGUGUACUUCAGAUAAAUUUUGGAUGAAUAUAGGAGGGGAUUUUAUCGAUCUGCUCGAUCAGUACUCUUCACAUAAAUCAAUAUCUUAAUUCCUUUGUUCUUUUUUUAAUUUAAUUUUGAGUGGUUUGCAGUCCUAGUCUAGAUUUGGGCAGGUUGGCAUGAUGAGUUCAGAGUUAUGCAGCCCCAAGCUAAGACCUAACUACAACUAAAU